AAUCAAAUAAAAAUAUCCACAUGGACUUUCAAAAUCAACGUGGUAUUUAUUUAAUAAAUAGCAUAUGAAUUAACUAAUAAAUAUUUGAUUUGUAAAAUUAAUAUUUUGCAUCAUUGAAAUCAAAAUAAAAUUAUUGAAAUAAUCAUGCGUAAAAUUCGCUCUAAACUAAAAAGAAAAACCAAUAAUCAGAAAUGGAAACGUGGUCAAUCAUCGACUUCGAAUCCUACUAAAAAGGUCUAUCGUAAUCGAGCUCGGUUCAACAAUGUAAGUGGCACAUGCUUGACCUUAGAUGGCGUAGGCAAAUUAAAUCAAAUACCUCGACAAUUUAAUGAUAUGGAUGAUAAUGAAUCAAUGUACUCUAAUGCCCCAACAACAACAGUACGUUCUUUUUUGUCAAGCUUCAGCACAAACACAAACGCUUCAUUUAGCAAAUUGCUUGAUUGUGAUAGUUUAAAUGAACGUCAAAAGGAAAUGGUUGCAGUUUUAGCAGCUAGCACUGAAACAAUAAAAGAGGAAGAAGGGAACGAAACAUCAACUGAAUAUUUUUUAGCUUUCAUAAAUAGUUUGGCUAUAACGAAUGAAGUCAAUCGAGCCGACCCAAUUAUUGGUUUAAUGAAGUUGGUCAUUAAAGCAGUACCUGCUGCCGUAAUGCAAGACAAAUUUACACUUUGCAGGACGAUAUUUUUGAAAUUAAUGAAUUCAUUUGAAAAAUAUGAUAGACAUUCUGGUCUCAUUGAUGUUAUAUAUUGCACAUCUACUCUAUUAAGUACACAAGACUUUGGCAAAUGGAAUAGCAAUGAUAUGAAACCUCUGCUACAUGCUCUUUUGGCAUUUACAACACACUCUAAGCCGAAAAUUCGAAAAUCAGCAGUGAGUUCCGUUUCAUAUUUCCUAAGCAGAUGUAAGAUUGGAUUCGAGCAAAUAUCUUACACCACAAAAGUUCCAUUUGAAGCGAGCAAACAAGUAACUCUAUACUGCAUUCAACAUUUAUCUGCUAACGAGUUGAAUGGGAAUCCUGUAACAGUUUUACAUACUCUUGGCUUAGUUGAAAAAUGUUUCCCAUUUUUGGAUGCAAACGAUAUUAAAUUGAUUUGUGAAUGUCUUCUUUCUCUAUCUUCAACUUCGAAUCCUUUGAUAAGAAUGCAUUGUUAUCAAGCAUUUUAUACGCUUUUUGAUUCAGAAGAGUGUCAACUUUCGGAUGUGAUGGCAGCUAGAUUAAUUACUGCAGUGUUUGGUUUACAACCUGAUUCUUCCGACGUCCGUCAAACCGUUGCUUGGAUAACGGUGUUAAAAAAAGGCUAUAUAUUUAUUGUGAAAAAAAAUCCAAUAUUAUGUUCAGAUUUGUUGACACAAUUUGUUCAUUUGUUAGUAAUUGAAUUAUGGUCAUCUAAUCAUCUUGAAAUCCGAACAACUAUUACAAAUGUCCUCAAAGAUAUUCUUAAGGAUGCCAUUUUGAAGUUAGUUAACAUUGAAGUUGUUGACGAAAAACUGAUUGAGGUUCUGAAUUACUUGUUAAAGGCACUAAAAAAUCCUUUUGCAUUAUACCAAAAGGAUAUUAUUGUUUUAUAUUCAACAGUUUACGAAGUAUAUGGCAAAAGAUUUUCAAAUGAACUGAAGGAAACUUUGAAAUUAAUUUCAAAUAAAUACAGCACUGAUGGAGAUGAUCGUCGAGAAAUCGAAAUUUGUAUUUCAUCAGCAAUCAAAAACCUGAAUAUUGGAGAUAUUUUGGAAGCUAUUCCAUUAGCUAAUAAAAAUUUAGACAUAUCAAUCGACAAUUCGUGGAUAUUACCUCUUCUUAGAGAAAAUUUAAGAAAUUCUUCUUUGGAGUAUUUUUACACUGAUAUUGUGCCAUUAGCAUCUAUAUGCCUAAAGAAAUGGAAACACUUUGAAGCUAUUGGAAAGCCAAACGAAUCCCAUAUUUAUGAAUUACUCUGUUGCCAACUUUGGGGUUUGUUUCCAGGAUUUUGUCGCCAACCGAAAGACAUUGAAAAAUUUAGUAUGAUUGCUAGGACCGUGGGAACAAUUUUAAGUGAAAAUUUGUAUCUACGAGCACCAAUUUUAGAUGGUUUCAAAGAAUUGAUACCAAGCGUUAUUUCAUUUGAAAACCCUGAAUCCGUUGGCAAAUAUGCAAGAAAUUAUCUGCCAAUUUUGUUCAACUUGUAUAUCACAAAACCAAAAGGCAGUUAUGAAAACGAUUUACGAGUAAAUGUAUUGGGUAUAAUAAAAUUAUUUUUAUUAAUAACGCCCAACGAUGCAUUGAAUGAAAUGUUUAAUAGUGCAUAUAAUCGUUUGAAAACAACAAAUGUAAAUGAUUUUGCAUACAACAUGAUAUUCGACAUUAUAGAGUGCUUUGCAAUACAUUUGAGUCCUGAUCAGAUGAUUGCUUUAUAUGAAGACUACGUUAAACCCAUAUUCAAUACUACUGAAAUAACAGAAAGCAAAAAUGUUUCACCAAAAAUAAAAAAAGGUUACAGAAUCAUUUGCUGUAUUUUGUCAAAUGAAAACGAAAAUUGCAAAAAGUUUAUAUCUCAGAAGAAAAAUGAUUUAGAACAUUUGUUGAUGAGUACCGGGGAGUUGAACGGAGACAACGUAAAACUUACACGUCUAAAAUGUUUAAAAUAUUUGUUAGACAUCACAAAGCCAAGUUGUGACUCAAGCUUCGUUAAGCAGUGCAUUAGUGAGGUCAUUCUUUGUUUUUCUAAUAACCCCGAUAAAUCAAAUCAACUGUGUACUGAUAUGAUAAAAACUAUCGGUACAACUUUUAACGAUGCAAAUAAAUUCGAUGAAUUUGUCCAUUUGAUGCUUUUUGGAUUUGCAUCAGAGGAUUCUGACCUCGUAAUUAAAACAAUUUGGAGUAUUAACUACAUUUUCAAAUUUUUUGGAGGUAUCAUAAAUGAUGAAACGUUACACCUUGCUCUUGAAAACAUAUAUACAUCUGUUCAAAGUAAAAAUCGUAUAGAAGCUAAAUCCGCAUUGUGUACUCUUUUUACAUGUAUAAAAUGUAUUCCUCGAGAAUCCCUUAAUAAGUAUGUAAAUACUUUAGUUGCAACAGUUUCAAAAAUGGUACCGGACACCAAACGAUUUUGCCGUUUAUCAUACAGUCAUUUGUUGAAAAAACUGUGUCAGUACUACACUGUUCAGCAAAUAACCAAAAUAGUUCCAGGAGAUGAUAUCAUAACACAUAAGUUGCUCAAGAAGAUAAGAAAAGGCUUGAAUAAAUCUAAAACUGGCAAUAAAAACAAUGCAUUGGUCGAUGAUGAAAUGAAACUUGAAAGUAAAUUAAAAUCUAUAUCGAUUAAUGAUGUUCUAAAGGACUCUGACAACUCAGAAGUCGAUACCGACGAUGAAGAUUCUAAUGAAAAAAUAGAGAAAAAUGAUAAAAUAUAUAUCAAAGAAAAUGCAGAAAAAAUUCUCGAUUUGACAGAUAUCAAUGCAAUUAGUAAAAUUUCUUUUAAAAACAAAAAAAGCUAUUGCAAUAAUGAAAAUGUGAAAGACAAUGUCGCAAAAAACGUCACGUUUCGAACAGCACCUGAUGGCCGUCUAAUUAUUGAAGAACCAAAAACCAAAUUAAGAGAAAUUGUUAGAAAGUCCAGCUGUUUUACAAAGCGAGCACGAGAGUCCGAUGAUUCUGAAUCGGAAAAAGAAGAACAUACUCAGACUCAAAGUAAAGGUAUCCAUCGAAUGGCUAGAUCUUACAAAGCUAACAAAACUAUAAAUAACAAUAAAAAAAUGAGAAAGGAAACAUCUCUCGGUAAGAAACAUAUACAACCUUAUGCAUAUUUACCAUUUGGUUCUUCGAAAAAAUAAAAAUUGAUUAAGUGUUUGAAAUAAACUAUUCAUAUUAAGACAAAUAUAAUGAACAAUAAUGUUUUACUGGCGAGAAUCGUUUAACCUACUCUUCAAUCAAGGUUUAUCUCAACCUCGACCCUUUUUUAAUAUAGACCUUGGAGAUUAAGAAAAACUACAAAGUUGAAUAAAAUAUCACA